AAAGUGUUGCUGCCUCUUGUCACAGAGAGAACCGUUCCCUUAAAUGCAGCUGCAGUACUUUGGUGUGAUACCUGUCAGAAUCAUUCACGGUGCAAGCUUGGGUUUGUAACCAUGAUGCCAAGACUGGUCCUUCUCCUUUUCUGUGGAUAUAUUGCAGUAAACCUGGGAAGUGCUCAGAAAUUGCCCAGAGUGAAGAGACAGAGUCUGAAAGUUCAGAUCAAUGCAACAGAUGACACUGUUUGCAUGAGGUAUCUUCGACCAAGCCAAAACACCAAACUUCAAGGUUUUGUCCUGGGUUAUGGAAGCAGCUUCUUCUCUAAUCAGUACAUUCCUUUACCUUCAGAAGGAAACACCUACAUAAAUGAACUUGAUGCAGAGCCACGGUAUUUGGUUUCGGUGAGACCAGCACGAGUUUCAAAUAACAAGAAAUCUUGUUCAGGUCGGAACAAGAAUCAAAAGCCUCUGCAGCUGGUAGUUGGCACUCUCACCCCAACUUCUGUGUUCCUCUCUUGGGGCAUCCUAGUCAACCCUCAGCAUGACUGGACAGCAACAAGUAACUGUGCAAGUGACAGGUUCUACACUGUUCGCUACAGAGAAAAGGAUAAAGACAAGAAAUGGGUUUUUCAGCUUUGCCCAGUUACGGAAACGGUGGUAGACAAUCUGAAGCCAAACACACUUUAUGAAUUUGGAGUUAAAGACAACAUGGAGGAUAGCGUCUGGAGCAAGACUUCCAAUCAUAAGACAGUUAUGUCUAAUAAAAAAGUAAACGGACAACUCCAGAAUAUGUACAAAUUGGUACCUAGUACCCAGUCACAGCUUACGCUAAGAGAUAAUAAGAAGUUGGUCCCUGUUACAAUAAUCAAACAAGUUAUUCAGAAUCGGACACAGUCAAAAACUUCAGAUAGUUCUUCUCUGCCAGGAGCAAUACUAGUGCAUCUUAUUGUUCCAGGUCUCAAUGACACUCAGCAAAAACUUCUUCCUCCUCUGUCAAUAGAUGACAUAACUCAAGUGUCCACAAAAAGACUAGGUAAGAAUGAGACUCAAGUGUGGCCAGCUGAAUCCAAAACACCAGAAGUUCAAGAAAUCUCACCUCAGUCCCUCCCAGCUCAGGCCAAGAAAAAACAUGGACCUAAGGAAUUUAAAUCAUCGCCUAAACCUGAAUUGCAAUCUCAAAACAUAUUGGCUUCUAAUGAAAUACAUCCACUUCCUUCUGGAACCAGAAUCUUUGAUGCUCCAAAAAGUCCAUUGACAGAACUUGCUACUCAGAGUCCAACCUUGAAAUCUGUAUCUCUACCUUCAGCAGAUAACAGAGAGAUGGAGAUAGCUUUUGAUGAAAUGCAGCCUAUUUCGUCAAGAUCCAAACCAUCUGGUACCACAGAAGUGCAACCCACAAAAUCUGCUUCAAAUGGCUUUCUUCAUGUUACUUCUACCCCUCAAACUUUUACAGCUUCAGAAGUGACAGACUCUGCUGAAUUUACUGAUGAUUUGGAGAUAACCGUGCCUGUAAUUACCACAGAACCCUAUUUGUUAGAAACAGCACUAGCUACUCAGAGGCCAAAGGUGAAACCUAUUUCUCCAUAUGACGGAAGCCAAAGAAGAGUGGAGGCUACUCAGAGGCCAAAGGUGAAACCUAUUUCUCCAUAUGACGGAAGCCAAAGAAGAGUGGAGGUGACACAGAGAUGGGGCCUGGACUCCACCUCAACUACUUCACCGAAAGCCACGAGGACUAUGAAGGCUACCCGGAGACCGAGGCUGAAAUCCACCACUCCUUCCUCCCUGACGACCCAGCAAACUGUGACUGCUUUCUAUGAUAUUCAGCCUGUACUUUCAAGCCCUGUGACACCUAGUAAGCCUGAAAUAGCAGAUACUGGACCAGCAACAAGUGAAUCCAUUCUGGAAUCUUUCACACCUAAACCUUCUCGUCCUUUUCAAUGGCCAAGGGUAACAUUAGCUCCUAAAGAAAUGCCACUUACUCCUUCUAAACUGAAACCGUCUGCUAUCCCAGAAGUACAGCAUGUGGUAACUGCUCCAAAACACCCACUUUCGGAGACUAAAACUUCUAAGACUGUUGAACGACAAAAAGCAACCUUAGCUCCCAAAGAAGCAAAACUCACACCUUCUGCAUCUAAACCUAGACCACCUGGCAGACCCAAAAAGCCACAAACAAAACCUGUGGUGGAAUCUUUUACACUUAGAGUUGAACCACCAGGGUCAACGAUAGCUCCAAAGGAGAUUCCUCGUAUUCCUUCUAAAACUAAACCUUCACCCAAACCUCAUAUUCCACAGCCUGAAGAUGCCCUGGAACCUGUAACAUUUAGAACUGAUCAACCAAAACCAACAAUAGUUCCAAAAGAAUCACAUCGUAUUCCUUCCAGACCUAGGAUAUCACCAAGCUCAGAGGUGCCACAGACCAAGCCUGCUCAGGAACCAAUUACGUUUAGAACUGAAAAACCAAAGUCAACGUCAGUUCCCAGAGAGACACGUUAUGGGCCUUCCAAACCUAAAACGUCACCCAGUGCACGUGUUCCUCCAACCAGAGCAAGUCCAAAGGAUAGUCGACGAGCCACUUCCAAGCCCAGAACAUCACCAAGUCCAGAUUUACCACACACAAAACCUGCUCCUAGAGGAACCCAACAACCUUUUUUUAAACCUAAACCAGCUCCCAUUCCAGGUGCUUCACAACGCCAGCAGGAAAUCAUUCCAUCCUUCCGUGAACCAUAUACUACUAUGAUUCCCCAAAUGCCUGAAAGAAUAAAACCAACACUGGCUGCAACUGAAAAACAAUUCAUUCCAACCAAACCAAAAACAUCUGAAAAGCCAAGAGUGCCAUACACCAGACCUGCAGUGCAUCAAACAACCCCACAACCAAUUAUCACAAAAACUUCCACUACCACUGGGCAGUCAAGGGCAACAAUGGCUCCAAAAGAAACAAUGCUCAUUCCUUCCAAAACUAAAACAUCUGUUGAGACAGAAGUACCACAGACUAAACCUGCUCCAAAGACAACACACCUGGGAUCAAUUAACCUUAUAACAGUCCAUGUUGGUGAUGGGUCCAAAAUGACUUUGGUUCCCAAUGAAACAUAUCAGAUUUCACCCAAACCCAAAACCGCUAUCACAACUGAAAUUCCAUGGUUGUAUACAGGAGGACAUAAAACACGUCUUACUUCUUUAAGACCAAGGCCAUCUGAUAAAUCACAGGCCAGACCUGCUCUGAGUAGAACUACAGUCGCACCAGCUAGAACAAGAGCGCCUGUCUUGCCCAAGUGGUUCAUGCCAACAACAGAUGACAUAUAUACACCUGAGGAUAUUGCCAGACAUAUUGACAUGGGUGUAAAAAAACCUUUGGAAUAUAUUGACACCUGGGAGAAGCCAUUCUCUGCAACUCCAUCACCUAGACCUCAGCACCCUCCUAUACCUCAUGUCAGGCCUACACCAAUGCGAAGAAAGCCUCUGCCGCCAAACACUGUGACGGGUAAACCAGGAAUUCCAGCUAAACCAGCUGGACCAACAAUGCCUGUGAAGACAGGAGUGCCAUAUAAGACUCCAACAGCUUAUGCAACUCCAGAGUAUUAUGUUGAUGCAACUGUCUUCAGUUCAAGCCCUACAUCAGAAACAGAUUCUUCAGGCAAACCAAGGUACCUAGCACCCCACGUCAAGUAUAUGAAGAAAGACGAUGAUGUGCCUUGCUCUAUCACAAGCUCUCUUGAACAUUUCCCUCAAGAAGAGGCUGGCAUCAAAGAAGAACCUACUCGUCCUCCGCAAAAUCCUCCAACCAACCUCACAGUUGUGACUGUUGAGGGCUGUCCAACAUUCGUCAUAUUGGACUGGGAGAAACCAGACAAUGAUACUGUUACUGAGUAUGAGGUUGUGUCAACUGAAAAUGGAGCAACUGAUGGUGAAAAGGAGAAGUCGAUUAUCACUACAAAUCAAACCCAUUCUACUGUGGAAAACCUAAAACCUGAUACAAGUUAUGAAUUCCACGUGAAACCCAGAAACCCCCUUGGUGAAGGUCCAAGUAGCAAUGUUGUGGCUUUCAGUACUGAAUCAGCGGACCCAAGAGUGAGUGAGCCUAUUUCAAUGGGAAAGGAUGCUAUCUGGACUGAAAUCCCAUUCAAUUCUGACACUUACUCAGAAUGCAAAGGGAAACAAUACGUGAAAAGGACCUGGUAUAAGAAGUUUGUAGGUGUGCAGCUGUGUAAUUCUUUAAGAUACAAGAUAUACCUCAGCGAUUCACUUACAGGACAAUUCUAUAACAUAGGAGACCAGAGGGGCCAUGGAGAAGAUCAUUGCCAAUUUGUAGACUCAUUCUUAGAUGGAAGGACAGGACAGCAAGACGAUCUACCAGUCAAAGACGGAUUUUUCAGGGCAGUUCGUCAGGAACCUGUCAAGUUUGGAAAAAUAGGUGGGGAGACUCAGAUCAACUAUGUGCGCUGGUACGAGUGCGGAACAUCAAUUCCUGGGAAAUGGUAGAUGUGAUGGGGACCUGGUGAAGAGACCCAACACCAAGCACCCUUGCGACUGCUCUGAGCAAGCUCCAAGAUGGGAAUGUAUGGUAUGCCUGUCACUUACACAAGUUUGCUGGCGUGUAAGGUUUAUGCAAGUCUAAUGCCAAUACUGCAUUAAUUGUGUAAUAGCGUAGGCUGCUUACUGUAGUUAUCCAGUUUUACAGGUUUGUCUUUAGAUUAAAGAAAAAACAACAACACAGGCUAGGGACACGGUGUAGGAUAAUGUAUAGGGAAGCUGGCUCCCUAUUCUUGAGGUAUGGUUUCUAAGGUAUUUUAAGAGAUACGGUGUGUAUAUUAUUUAUCACAAUGUUGUAAUAAAUGUUUAAGGCACGGUUAUGGUAAAAGUUGGUCAUGGAAUGCAGUAUGCGUUAGUUUUUAAAUAGUCACUGGUCUUGUAAGUGCCAUAAGCUGUCUGCCCAGGUAAAUCUGCCCUGUUUUCCCUAUUGUAAAUUAUAGAAAAGUCCCCACAGGUUUUAAUGUCCUGCAACCAGGAAACUUGAAGUGCUUUCCCCCCACACGUGCCAACAGCCCAUACUCCUGCCCAAACACUGAGUUUUAUCAUGUGUGGAUCUUUGAAUGAUCGCGUUCGUGGUUGUUUUUUUCUGUAUUUCUUUCCAAAUGCAAGUUUCUCCUCCAGCAAAAACCUCCAGUAUGGUCAGCCCGUGCCUAUGGAGUUAAAUUAGAAGUGCUGCCUGUUAGCAAGGCAAUGGGUUUGUGUUCCUCUAAUGAAAGCAGGCAGGUACGCACAUACAUGGAGAAGCAAUGAAACUGGACUCUGUUGCUGUGGCCUUCAAUAAAGGUGUCAUUUUCAGAGACUGAGACUUGGUGGUUCAGAAAUGAGAUGUGUGUACAUUGCAGGAGGGUUUGGGACUAUAAGUGAGAUCAGCGGUUGUAAUGGCGUCAUCAGUCAGGUUUGGUUUAUUAAGAAAGAAGGAAUGGUGUAAAACGUUGCUCAUUGGGGAAAAAAAGGGGGAAAUAGCGAUAAAUGAACUUUUAAAACUGCUUUACAGCAAUUAAAACCUCUCCCAAAGCUACUUGUUGUACUGCUUGAACAUUUAUGAACUAAAUAAAGAGAUGUAGGUUUUUCUUUUUCUAGGAAAAAAAAAAUAAAAAAGGUGUUAUUCAUUGCAUUACUGAUGUAUUGAAAAAUACGAACAGGACGCCCAGAUAUAUAUAUAGUAGAAAUAGUCAUUUAUAGAAAAUGCCUUAUAAAGUACAUUGCAGGUACACUGUACUCCGAAUAAAAUAUUUUUUAAUCAA